UCCACUACUCUAAAACGCUCCCUUUUGUUCUUCAACUCUCUCUGGUCACAGCUCAGCCAUUUGUUACACUUUCUUAUUAUUGAAUCAAGCUCUUUCUCUGCUAAUCCAAGACAAAAGGGAAAAAAAAAAAAAGAGAAGAAAAAAGGAGAAAUGUUCACUGAAGGUCUAGAUGAAAGCGCAAUCAACUGGAUCAAGCAGGGAUCAGAUUCACAAGAGCCCAGAAUUCGGUCACCUUUAUCUCCAUUAACAGAGAAGCAAUCUCCACAUGACCCAUUUCCAAAAUCUCCAAUAAACCCACUUCCAAAAUCUCCACUUCUAUAUAGUACUAAUAGUUUUAGUUCUACCCAUUUCUUGCCUCCGCUUAAAUUCCACUCUGGGUUAUUAACCCCUCGUAGUUUAGUAGCUCCAUGUCUUGAUGACAAUGAUAACGAAAGCAUGGCGUCAGUUUCGGACUGUGUUGGUGGACAAUAUUCUGAGGAAGAGGAAGAAGAUUUUGAUUACUUAGAGAAGCCAGUUAUGCAAUGCUACGAAGAGGAGGAGGAGGAUGAGAUGUUUGGGAAUAGACCUAAAAUUAAGUUGAAUAGAGGGUUUCUGAAAGAAGAUUUGAAAAUUGAAGUUCCUGGUAAUUUUAGAAGGUUUACAACAGAUGGUGAAGUGGGUGUUAGAAAGGGUUUGCUUAAGGGUUCCACUCCAGGUAGUUGUCCACUGAGAGAGAGAGUCCAGCUACGCAAUGCACACAUGGAAUUUAAUGGUGGUUCCAGUAAGUUCAAAGAGAUCAGAGAUUUGGGGACUCCAAGUGCUCCUCCAAUUGCAGAAACUAGAGGAGAAGAAAAGAAAUUUUUAGUUGAACAUGAAAUUGAGCAAAUUGGGACUGGGGUUUCUAAUUCAGGAGAAACAGAGAUAUUUGAUGGAAGCAAAGAAGGUUUAUUAGAUCGAACAUCUCAGUCUAUGCCUACCAAUGAAUUUGUUGAAAGACUAAACAAUAACAUGGCUGAAGAAGCAGACGAGAAGAUGCCUUAUUGGCAGACAAGCUCUUUAGAUCAUUCAUCUUAUUAUAACACAAGUUGCAGUGGUCAAUAUGCCUGGCAAACUCUAAUUGCCUAUGAUGCAUGUAUCCGCUUAUGUCUCUAUGCAUGGGCUAGGGGUUGCACCGAGGCUCCUGAGUUUCUGCGAGAUGAGUGUCUGCUUCUUCGAAGUGCCUUUGGACUACACAAGUUCUUGUUGCAACCACGAGGUGUACAAGCUGUAGAAGUCGCAACUAGCAAGAAUGCAGAACAAAUAUGCCCUUUGAAGGUAAAAAAGGUGGUUGGGAAGAUAAGAGUAGAAGUGAGGAAACUUCGAAUAAUACCUAGGCGGAGACUUAUGAGCACAUACUCUCAGCGUAGUGCAAUCUACAUGCAGGUGGGAAAGGAGUAUGUCCAACAAGUUUCAUCACUAGUGAAAAAUGGAAUGAGUUCUCUCAAAAUAGCUUCAUUUCCAGUGACAUCAGAAGAGAAAUUUUCAUGCUCGUUCCAACUGAAGAGCACCAGUGAUGAUACUCAGGUUGAAUCAGGCUCUACCAUUUGCUUACACCCAGGGAGUGGGGAGUAUCAUGUCUUUUUCCCAGAGAAUGAAGGAGAUGCUCUUUUAGUGGAAGUCCAGGACGCAAAAAGAUCAGUCCAAGGCCGAGCUACAAUUCAAAUAUCGUCACUGAAUGAGAAUCUUAGUGACAGAAUUAGAUGGUGGCCCUUGUAUCAUGAUGAUCAAGAAUGUACUGGGAAGAUAAAGCUCUCAAUUGGCAGUACAAUUACAUGUGAUGAGGCAAAUAAUAUAAAGAGUGCGGCUGUUGUGGAAACUCUAGCUUAUGACAUACUAUUGGAGGCUGCUAUGCGUGCACAACAUUUUCAUUCUCGAAACUUGAGAUUACAUGGACCUUGGAAAUGGCUAUUGACUGAAUUUGCAGAUUAUUAUGGUGUUUCUGAUUCAUACACAAAAUUAAGAUAUCUUUCACAUGUCAUGAAUGCGGCAACCCCAACCAAAGACUGCUUAGAGCUUGUCAAUGAGUUGCUUGUGCCCAUUAUAAAGGCUAGAGGAGAGAAAAGUUUGACUAGACAAGAGAAGAGUUUGUUAUUAGAUUGUGAGACACGGAUAGAGAGCCUUUUGGCGAAAGUUUUUGAGAACUACAACUCUCUGGAUGAAUACUCUCCCACAGGGUUGGCAGACCUGUUUGGUCCAGUGCAAGAGUCUGUAGCACCAGCGUUAGCUCCGGCUGUUGAGGUCUACAUUCUUCUCCAUGAUAUACUAUCUCAAGAUGCACAGAGCAUGCUGAGAAACUAUUUGCAGACUGCAGCUAAGAAGAGGUGCCGGAAGCACAUGGUUGAGACUGAUGAGUUUGUGUCGAGCAGUUCUGAAGGUUUCGUCAUGGAUUCCAUUACAAUUUCCACAGCUUAUUUGAAAAUGAAGAACCUGUGUGUUGGUAUUGGAAGAGAGAUUCAGACAGACAUCAAGAUCCACAACCAGCACAUAUUCCCAAGUUCAAUUGACUUGUCAAACAUCGCUGCCGCUGUCUACAGCACUGAGUUGUGUAAUAGGCUUAAGAAUUUCCUUUCUGCCUGGCCUCCCUCUAGCCCACAACCACAUGUAAAUGAACUUCUAAUAGCAAUUGCUGAUUUUGAGCGGGAUCUAGAACUGUGGAAUAUCAGUCCAGUGCCAGGCGGUGUAGACUCUAGGGGCUUAUUCCACAGUUACAUAAUGGUGUGGGUGCAGGAAAUGCAACUUAACUUGCUUGAACUUUGUAAAGCAGAAAAGGUGCCAUGGGCCGGAGUGACAACAAAUCAUUCCACAUCUCCAUUUGCUGAAGAAAUGUAUGAGAAAGUCAAAGAUUCCCUUGUUGAGUAUGAACUAGUGAUCAACAGGUGGCCUCAAUAUUCAUUGAUUUUGGAGAAUGCUGUGGCUGAUGCGGAAAGGGCAAUCAUUAAGGCGUUGGAGAAGCAAUACAAUGACAUAUUAACUCCUUUAAAAGAUAGCAUCCCGAAGAGGCUUAAUAUGCAUGUUCAAAAACUAACAAGAAGACAAUCUAUGGCACUCUAUUCUGUACCUAAUCAGUUGGGGAUUUUUCUGAAUACAAUCAAGAGAAUUCUGGAGGUCUUGCACUGUAGAGUGGAGGGCAUCUUGAAGUCAUGGGCAUCAUAUCUGCCUGUCAUGGGAGAUAGAAAGUCACUCUUUGGAGAGCAGAUGAAUGGAAUAACAGUUCUUUUGAGAACAAAGUACAAAAACUAUUUGCAGGCUACAGUUGAAAAGCUUGUUAACAAUAUGCAAACUAAUCGUAGCACACGGCUGAAAAGAAUCUUAGAGGAAAUAAAGGAAGAAGAUGGAGAGGCUGAGGUCCGUGAAAGAAUGCAGAUGUUGAGUUCACAGCUCAUUGACUCCAUAUCCAACUUGCACUCUGUCUUUACAAGUCGGAUAUUUGUUGCAGUCUGUCGUGGAUUCUGGGAUAGGAUGGGCCAGAUUGUUUUAAAGUUUCUUGAAGGAAGGAAGGAAAAUAGAGUGUGGUAUAAUGGCUCUUGUUAUGCUCUUGGGAUACUAGAUGACACCUUUGCUUCGCAAAUGCAAAGACUGCUUGGAAACUCAUUGCAAGAGAAGGAUAUAGAGCCCCCUCGGUCGGUUAUUGAAGCUAGAUCCAUUCUUUGCAGAGAUACAGCAAAUGAAGCGGACACAUCUACUUACUUCUAUGUUUAGUAGCUGCUGCUUCCCCAAUAUCGAACAGUCUAUGAUAAACUCGGCAAUUGAUUCAAUGGUUAAGGGGGAGUUUAUUGGCGUUACACAUGUUUUGAUAUUUCACUUAUAUGCAUAUACCCUUCUAGUGUAGGUUUAUACAGAUGCUUCUCUGCCAUCAAAUUUCAUUGUAUUCUUUUUGUAAAUGGUUUAAACACUGUGUAGUAUUCAAAUUCUUUAGGGUUGUAACUCAACAAACUGUUCUGGUAUAUUUCCAUAUUGAAAUCUUUUGUCUUUUAGUUUUGCUAAAGAAGGAAAAGGUGAGUACAGUUUCGAA